CUUCACCCACUGCUGACCACUAGACAUCAUGGCUUGCAAGGCACUCAUCUUAGCGGCAGUACUGUCGCUGGCCCACGCCGGCUACCUGGGCGCACCUGCAGUCCUCGCGCCAGCCGCACCCAUUGCUAGGGCUUACGCCCCCGCCAUCGCCGCCGCCCCCAUUGCCAGGGCGUACGCCCCCGCAAUUGCUGCCGCUCCCAUCGCCAGAGCAUACGCCCCAGCCAUCGCUGCUGCCCCCAUCGCCAGGGCCUACGCCCCAGCCAUCGCUGCCGCCCCCGCCAUCCGCGCUGCCCCUGUGGCCGUCGCCGCCCCCGCCGCAGUGGCUGCCGAGUACGACCCGCACCCAGAGUACAGCUUCGCCUACAGUGUCAACGAUGCCCUGACUGGUGACUCGAAGACCCAGCACGAGAGCCGCAGCGGAGACGUCGUCCAGGGCAGCUACAGUCUCGCCGAGCCCGACGGCUCCAUCCGCACCGUCGACUACACCGCCGACCCCGUGAACGGCUUCAACGCCGUCGUGCACAAGGAGGCUGGUGCCCACCCCGCUGUUGCCGCCGCCCCCGCUCCCGUGGCCGUCGCCCACGCUCCCGUGGCCGUCGCCGCUGCCCCAGCGAUCGCUGCCGCCCCCGCCAUCGCCGCCGCGCCAGCGCUGGCGUACGGUGCCGGCCUCGGCUACGGUUACGCGAGGGCGGCAUACGCUGCCCCCGCGAUUGCCGCCGCCCCCAUCGCUAGGGCAGCCUACGCCGCUCCCAUCGCCAGGGCUGCCAUCGCUGCUCCCGCCCUCUCCUAUGGAGGCUACGGAUACGGCGGUCUGGGAUACACGAAAGCUAUUCUUGGGAUAGCGAACGCGAGGGUUAUCAUUUUCGUGGCGACACUGUCGUUGGCCAACGCUGGAUACCUAGGCGCUCCGGCGGUACUCGCUCCAGCAGCCCCCAUCGCCAGGGCGUAUGCCCCCGCCAUCGCUGCCGCCCCCAUUGUUGCUGCUCCCAUCGCCAGGGCCUAUGCGCCAGCUAUUGCCGCCGCUCCGGCCGCGGUCGCCGCAGAGUACGACCCACACCCCGAGUACAGCUUCAGCUACAGCGUAAACGACGCCAUCACUGGAGACUCCAAGGCCCAGCACGAGACCCGCAGCGGCGACGUGGUCCAGGGCAGCUACAGCCUGGCCGAACCCGACGGUUCCAUCCGCACCGUCGACUACACGGCUGACCCCGUCAACGGUUUCAACGCCGUCGUGCACAAGGAAGCCGGCGCCCACCCUGCCGUGGCCGCCGCUCCCGCCCCCGUGGCGCUCGCCGCCCCCGUCAUCGCCACUGCCCCCGCCAUCGCCGCCGCCCCCGCUAUCGCCGCCGCCCCCGCUCUGGCCUACGGCGCCGGACUUGGCUACGGCUACGCCGCGGCCGCUCCCAUCGCUGCGGCAGCCAUUGCUGCACCCGCCAUUGCUGCAGCCCCCAUAGCCAGGGCAGCUAUUGCUGCGCCAGCUCUCGCCUACGGUGGAUACGGCUAUGGCAGUCUGGGAUACACUAAAGCCAUAUUUGGCUAAACUGCACUUCACCAAAUUAGCGCCGAAUAAUUUAUGAAAGUUUCCAUUGAUCAUAUGUCCAUUCUUACAUGUAAAUAAACCAUUUUCUAUUCA